AUGAAGACGACGUGGAAGGAUAUUGCGCCUGUGCCCACGAGCCAGGAAUUUCUGGACAUUGUCCUGAGUCGCACUCAGAGACAGCUGCCCACCCAGAUUCGUGCUGGUUUCAAGAUCAGCCGUAUUAGAGGUUUCUACACUCGUAAGGUCAAAUACACCCAGGAGACCUUCUGUGAAAAGUUCCAGGCCAUUCUCGAUGGAUUCCCUCGCCUGGCGGACAUUCAUCCCUUCCACAAGGAUUUGAUGAAUACCCUCUACGACGCCGACCACUUCCGCAUCGCCCUCGGCCAGGUCUCGACUGCCAAGCACCUGAUUGAAACCGUGUCCCGCGAUUAUGUCCGUUUGAUCAAGUAUGCGCAAUCUCUGUUCCAGUGCAAGCAGCUCAAGCGCGCUGCGCUCGGUCGCAUGGCCACUAUCUGCCGUCGCCUGAAAGACCCUUUGGUCUAUCUGGAGCAGGUCCGCCAGCACUUGGGUCGUCUGCCCUCGAUUGAUCCCAACACCCGCACUCUCUUGAUUUGCGGUUACCCCAAUGUCGGCAAGUCUAGCUUCCUGCGCAGCAUCACCCGCGCCGAUGUCGAUGUUCAGCCCUACGCAUUCACCACCAAAUCGCUGUUCGUUGGCCACUUCGACUACAAGUAUCUGCGCUUCCAGGCUAUUGAUACCCCUGGUAUUCUUGACCACCCUCUGGAGGAGAUGAACACCAUUGAAAUGCAGUCGAUCACCGCUGUUGCUCACUUGCGCUCUGCUAUUCUUUACUUCAUGGAUCUGUCUGAGCAGUGUGGUUACUCUGUUACGGAUCAGAUUAAGCUGUUCCACAGCAUCAAGCCUCUAUUUGCCAAUAAGAUUGUCUUCAUCAUCGUCAACAAGAUCGAUGUUCGCCGCCCCGAGGAUCUGGACCCGGAGCAGCAACAGGAGCUGCAGGAGAUCCUCAAGGCUGAGGAUGUUGAGAUGCUGCAAGUCUCGUGCACCACUACCGAGGGUGUAACUGCCGUCAAGAACGCUGCCUGUGACAAACUCCUCGCUGAGCGUGUGUCUCAGAAGCUCAAGUCUGGCAGCAACACUGCUGGUACCCCUGGUGGCCGUCUGGGUGAUGUCCUGGCCCGUAUUCACGUUGCCCAGCCCAUGGGCGGUGUGCAGCGGGAGACCUUCAUUCCCGAGGCCGUCAAGAACCUCCAGAAGUAUGACAAGGAAGACCCCAACCGCCGCAGACUCGAGCGCGACCUGGAGGAAGAGAAUGGCGGUGCCGGUGUCUACAGCUUCGACAUGCAGCGCGACUACACCCUGGCCGACUCCGAAUGGAAGCACGACAAGAUUCCCGAGGUGUGGAACGGCAAGAACAUCUACGAUUUCGUGGACCCGGAUAUUGAGACCAAGCUGGCUGCCCUGGAGGAAGAGGAGGAGAAGCUGGAAGCCGACGGCUACUACGAAUCAGACGAGAGCGUCGAGGACGCAGAGGACGCCGACAUCCGCAUGAAGGCCGACCUGAUCCGCGAGAAGCGCACUCUCAUGCGCAACGAGGCCAAGAUGCGCAAAUCGCUCAAGAACCGUGCCCUGAUCCCCCGCUCUGCCAAGUCCAAGAAGCUCUCCGAGAUGGAGCACGGCCUCGACGCCGCCGGCUACGAGGUCGACGCUGCUGGCUCCCGCGCCCGCUCCCAGAGCCGGCCCCGCGGCCGCACCGCGACUCGCGAGGCUGGCGACGACGAUGCCAUGGACUUGGAUGAUCCCCGCAAGGCUAUUGUCCGCGCGAAGAGCCGUGCCCGCAGCCAGGCCGCAACUGAUCGUCGCAACGACGGUGUCGUUGAUGAGACGGCUCGCUCGAAGGCUGAUCGUCUGCAUAAGCUGGGCCAGAAGAAGAUGAACCGCAUGGCCCGCCAGGGUGAGGCUGAUCGUCACACUACCGUCUCGCUGGCUAGGCACUUGGUCGCCGGAAAGCGCGGCAUUGGCAAGAACGAUCGCCGCUAA